AUGCAGUUGUUGAUGUGCCCGGGUGAGGUCAUCCAGGACGCAUCCACAGGCUGCACAGAGGCGAUUGCGGACAAGGGCCUUGGCUUUUGCGGGGCUGUGCCGCAAGGCGGCAUGCACUGGUCCCCAUUGGGGGCGUUUGCGGGGCUACCAACGGGCGCGUGCACCAAGCCUGCUGCCAAGCUUCUGUGGGCCUGCGGCACCAAGAAGAACUGCAAGGACGACUGCAGGGCGGCGGCAGACAAGGCGGCGUGCGCCAAAAAGUGCAAGGCGGGCGGCAAGAAGGUGUGCGGCGUGGACGGCAAGGUCUACGCCAACGACGAGUGCCGCAAGUGCAGCAGCAAGGCCGGCAAGCGGGUCGACUGCGCUGCCAACGAGUACUGCCCCCGCACGUGCAAGGCCGCCGUCGACAAGGCGGCCUGCGAUGCAGAGUGCAAGAAGCCCGCCGCCAAGGGCGUCAUGCUGUGCGGCAAGGACGGCAAGGCCUACCCCACCGCAGCGUGCCUCAAAUGCCGCAAGGCGGCCAAGCACCGCAGCUGCCGCAAGGGUGAGAACUGCGCCAAGGCGUGCAAGGCGGAGGCGGCCAAAGCCGCCUGCGACGCGGCGUGCAAGAAGGCGGGCACCAAGGUGUGCGGCAAGGACGGCAAGGUCUACGCCAACCCGGCGUGCCUCAAGUGCUGCAAGGCGUCCAAGCGGCGCAACUGCCGCAAGGGCGAGAUGUGCCCCGCCAAGUGCAAGGCCGAGGCGGCGGCGGCCAAGGCGGCGGCAAUCAAGAAGAAGCCCAAGCGCCUCCCAGCCACUCACAAGGCAGUCAGCAGGCUGGCAAGGUCGGGGGUUGCGGCCAUGGAGGCGGCCAGGUGGGACAGGCACUGCCCCCCCAGGGCCGACAGGGAGUUGCAGCAGGACACUGUGUCGCCGGCGGAGGAGCAGGUGGUGUUGAGGGCGGCGUCAAAGUCGUCCACACACCGAGACACGUCCAGCGGGGCGCUAAAGGUAAAGGUAAAGGUGGGGAAGAGCCUCCACAGGCUUAACUUCCCGGUUUUAACGUCUAGCUUUAGACCAUUAUUUGAUCUGCCCGACGCGCCAACCACUCACAAGGCAGUCAGCAGGCUGGCAAGGUCGGGGGUUGCGGCCAUGGAGGCGGCCAGGUGGGACAGGCACUGCCCCCCCAGGGCCGACAGGGAGUUGCAGCAGGACACUGUGUCGCCGGCGGAGGAGCAGGUGGUGUUGAGGGCGGCGUCAAAGUCGUCCACACACCGAGACACGUCCAGCGGGGCGCUAAAGGUAAAGGUAAAGGUGGGGAAGAGCCUCCACAGGCUUAACUUCCCGGUUUUAACGUCUAGCUUUAGACCAUUAUUUGAUCUGCCCGACGCGCCAAGUGCAGUACCCCCCACUAGUAGUGAAUGGGUCCCGGGGAGGCCUGUGCCGAAGCCUUGGCGAUUCUAA